CCUUACUACACACCGCAGGGCCUGGAGGUCUUGGCGGGGUGGUCUGCGGUCCGGCAGAAGCGGUGAAACCUGGCGCCAAGCUGGGGGCCUUCACAGGGCCCCGGGACGCAUCUUUGGAUUUCAGGGGGCAUCCAUGGGGCGUCUCCGAUUGGACUGCGGGUGGCCACAAAGCCUGGAGUGAGCCUAGGGCCUGCCCUCUAUCAUGUAGCUGGGCUGGAUCGUGUCUGUAGGCUCUGUAGAGCGUCUUUAUGGGUUGACUGGAGGCUAGGGUCUGCUAGGAUGGUUCUGGGGCCAUCUUGAGAUUUUUGAGAAAUGUCCCAGGGGUGAAGAAAGUCUGCAAGAGCUGAGCAGUAUCUGCAGAGCCAUCUAGAGUGGCCAGGGUAUGUCUAUUAGGGCUGGGAAGUGUCUACAUGGGCUAGCCUGAGGAUGCAGCUGGUCUACAUAGGUCUGGGACCAUUUAUUGGGCCUGGAAGUCUUUUAGCGGCUACCUAGAGGGGUGGGAUGUGCCCAGCAAAGGAGGGGGCCAAAUACUGAGAUGUUCUGAGAGGCUCCAGUGGAUCUCCAAGGUCUGGGGAGUGUCUAACAUGGGUGACCAUGGAGGAAGAAGAUGAGUCUCGAGGGAAGACGGAAGAGUCGGGUGAAGAUCGGGGUGAUGGUCCACCGGACAGAGACCCCACACUCUCUCCUUCUGCCUUCCUCCUGCGUGCCAUUCAGCAGGCUGUGGGAAGCUCACUGCAGGGGGAUCUGCCAAAUGACAAAGAUGGUUCUCAGUGUCAUGGCCUUUGUUGGAGGCGCUGCCGGAGCCCACGGUCAGAGCCUCGUUCCCAGGAAUCAGGGGGGAAUGACACAGCUUCUGUGUUGGACAUGGCCGCAGACAGCUUCCUCACGGGGCUGGUGAGUGUCCUGGACCCCCCGGAUACCUGGGUUCCUAGCCACCUUGACCUGCGGCCUGGCGAAAGCGAGGACAUGCUGGAGCUGGUAGCCGAGGUCCGAAUCGGAGACAGGGAUCCUAUCCCUCUGCCUAUACCUAGCCUGCUUCCCCGUCUUAGGGCCUGGAGGACAGGCAAGACAGUUUCUCCACAAUCUCACUCUUCUCGACCCACCUGUGCCCGCCACCUCACCUUGGGCACAGGAGAUGGGGGCCCUGCCCCACACCCUGCCCCCUCCUCAGCAUCCUCUUCACCUUCCCCUUCUCCUUCUUCAUCUUCCCCUUCCCCUCCUCCACCUCCACCACCCCCUGCGCCCCCUGCCCCUCCUGCACCCAGAUUUGACAUCUAUGACCCCUUCCAUCCCACUGAUGAGGCCUAUUCCCCACCACCUGCUCCGGAGCAAAAGUACGACCCCUUUGAGCCCACUGGCUCCAACCCCAGCUCAUCAGCGGGGACUCCCUCACCGGAGGAAGAGGAAGAGGAGGAAGAAGAGGAAGAAGAGGAAGAUGAGGAGGAAGAGGAAGGCCUCUCUCAAAGCAUCAGCCGUAUCUCAGAGACCCUGGCUGGCAUCUAUGAUGACAACAGCCUGAGCCAGGACUUCCCAGGUGAUGAAAGCCCCCGCCCGGACCCCCAGCCCCCACAGCCAGCUCCAGCCCCUGCAACACCACCCCAGGCGGACUCCACACGGGCUGAUGGAGCCACCCGCCGCCGUGUCUUUGUGGUGGGGCCUGAGGCAGAGGCCUGUCGGGAAGGCAAGGUCUCGGUGGAGGUAGUGACAGCUGGUGGAACCACUCUCCCACUGCCCCUUCUGCCGCCUGCCGACUCGGAAAUUGAGGAGGGAGAGAUCGUCCAACCUGAGGAGGAGCCCAGGGUGGGGCUCUCCCUCUUCCGGGCCAGCCGGGCUGCCCGACCUCCUCCCACAUCCUCAGCCACUCCAGCGGCCCAGCCCUUGCCCCAGCCUCCUGCUCCCCGGGCCCCUGAGGGGGAUGACUUCCUCUCUCUGCACGCGGAGUCGGAUGGCGAAGGGGCCCUACAGGUGGACCUCGGGGAGCCAGCCCCCGCACCACCCUCUGCAGACACACGCUGGGGCGGCCUGGACCUGCGCCGCAAGAUCCUGACCCAGCGGCGGGAGCGUUACCGUCAGCGCUCACCUUCCCCGGCCCCCGCCCCCACCCCGGUGGCUGCUGCAGCCUCUGCGGGGCCGCCUACCCGCAAGAAGUCCAGGCGUGAGCGCAAACGGAGCGGUGGCGGUGAGGCCAAGGAGGCCGCCUCAUCGUCCUCGGGCACCCAGCCCACCCCUCCAGCCCCAACCUCACCUUGGGACUCCAAGAAGCACCGCUCGCGGGACCGCAAGCCGGGCUCCCAUGCCUCGUCGUCCACACGCCGCCGGUCCCGGUCCCGGUCCCGCUCUGCCCGCCACCGCUCGCGGAGCACAGACCGCCGCCGCGGGAGCAGCCGCCGCUCACGGUCCCGGGAGAAGCGGCGUCGGCGACGGCGCUCAGCUUCUCCUCCUCCUGCCACUUCCUCGUCAUCAUCCUCAAGGCGCGAGCGGCACCGGGGCAAACACCGGGAUGGUGGCAGCAGCAAGAAGAAGAAAAAGAGGUCACGGUCCCGGGGCGAAAAGCGGUCUGGGGACGGUGGCGAGAAGGCCCCCUUGCCGGCCCAGCAGCCAUCUGGCUCCACCUCCCUGGGCAGCGAGCGUGAUGGCCGCCGCCGGGGGGCUGUGCCGCCCUCCAUCCAAGACCUUACGGACCACGAUCUUUUUGCUAUCAAGAGGACCAUCACAGUGGGCCGGCUUGACAAGACUGACCCCCGUGGACCUUCUCCGGCCCCAACCUCAUCACCCAAGCGAGAGGUCCUAUAUGACUCGGAGGGACUAAGUGGUGAGGAAAGGGGUGGUAAGAGUAGUGAGAAGGACCGUCGCCGUUCUGGGGCUGCUUCCUCUUCUUCCUCUUCCAGGGAGAAGGGGUCUCGUCGAAAGGCGCUGGAUGGGGGGGACAGGGAUCGGGACAGGGACAGAGAUAGGGACAGGGACAGGUCAUCCAAGAAGGCCCGUCCCCCCAAGGAGUUGGCACCUUCCUCAGGGCCCCCGCCAAAGCCACCAGUCAGCAGCGGCUCAGGCUCCUCAUCCUCAUCAUCCUCAUGUUCCUCGCGGAAGGUGAAGCUGCAGUCCAAGGUGGCAGUGCUGAUCCGUGAGGGUGUCAGCAGCACCACCCCAGCCAAGGAUACUGCAUCUGCUGGCCUGGGCUCCAUCGGUGUCAAAUUCAGCCGUGACCGUGAGAGCCGUUCCCCUUUCCUAAAACCUGAUGAACGGGCCCCUGCUGAGGUGGCCAAAGCAGCUCCGGGCAGCACCAAGCCCAAAAAGACCAAGGUGAAGGCCAAGACGGGGGCCAAGAAAACCAAGGGGACCAAGGGAAAGACCAAGCCGUCUAAGACCAGGAAAAAGAUCCGCAGUGGAGGCAGCAGUGGGGUUAGUGGUGGCCCUGUGUCACUGAAGAAGUCCAAGGCAGAUAGCUGCAGCCAGGCAGCAGGAGCCAAGGGGGCUGAGGAGACCUCCUGGUCUGGGGAGGAGCGGGCAGCCAAGGUCCCUAGCACCCCACCCCCUAAGGCAGCUCCUCCACCUCCUGCACUCACUCCGGACUCUCAGACUGUGGACAGCAGCUGUAAGACCCCUGAAGUCUCCUUCCUGCCUGAGGAGGCCACUGAGGAGGCUGGGGUCCGAGGUGGAGCAGAGGAGGAGGAGGAGGAGGAGGAAGAAGAGGAGGAAGAGGAAGAGGAGGAGGAACAGCAGCCUGCCACCACCACAGCCACCAGCACAGCUGCAGCUGCCCCAAGCACUGCCCCCAGUGCAGGGUCCACAGCUGGCGACUCGGGGACAGAGGAUGGGCCAGCUCCCCGGGUCUCCCAGCUGCCCACACUGCCCCCACCCAUGCCCUGGAACCUGCCAGCUGGUGUGGACUGCACCACCAGUGGCGUCCUGGCCUUGACUGCACUUCUCUUCAAAAUGGAAGAAGCCAACCUGGCAAGCCGGGCAAAAGCCCAGGAGUUAAUCCAGGCCACCAACCAGAUCCUCAGCCACAGGAAGCCACCCUCAAGUUUGGGGGUGACCCCUGCUCCUGUACCCACCUCUCUGGGUCUGCCCCCUGGCCCCUCCAGCUAUCUGCUUCCUGGCAGCCUCCCUCUGGGGGGCUGUGGCUCUACUCCUCCCACCCCCACUGGGCUGGCUGCCACAUCUGACAAGAGAGAGGGCAGCAGCAGCUCGGAGGGACGUGGGGACACAGACAAGUAUCUGAAGAAGCUGCACACACAGGAGCGGGCGGUGGAGGAGGUGAAGCUGGCCAUCAAGCCGUACUACCAGAAAAAGGACAUCACCAAGGAGGAGUACAAGGACAUCCUGAGGAAGGCCGUCCACAAGAUCUGCCACAGCAAAAGCGGGGAGAUCAACCCAGUGAAGGUGAGCAACCUGGUGCGGGCCUACGUCCAGCGCUACCGCUACUUUCGCAAGCACGGCCGCAAGCCAGGGGACCCUCCAGGGCCCCCACGGCCACCCAAGGAACCAGGGCCCCCUGAUAAGGGUGGCCCAGGCUUACCCCUGCCCCCUCUCUGAGAGCUCUGGUCACCCCUUCCACCCUUGCCUCUUUGAAAUUCUGGACAUAUUUAUGGCUCCACCUCCCUACUUCCCUCCCCCAUCAGUGGGAUGAUUGGGGGAGGGUUGCUGCAGGGAAGAGGAGAGCCCCUUGCCCCACCCAGUCCCAUGCCAUCUCUCUUGCCCCCAAGCCUAGCCCCAUGCCCCUCCCUUGUUUGUGCUCCUCUGCCCAGUUUCAUUAAAGAUUUCAUGAAAUGUUA